AUGCUCUCCUGGAGAAACCUACGAUAUCACAUCUUGACUCCGUUCAAGAACUUAACGGUACAAGAAAGAAUCCUUCAGACGCUCAGACUUUUUGCUGCUUGCUCCACUAUUGCAUACACGAUAGCUCUUUUAGGUGCUCCAUUUUUGAGUAACAAGAUAUACUUGAGCAGAAUUGACUGUGCCCAUCUAGAUGUAGCGUAUGGGUUGUAUAAAUCUUUGCGAAACUCAGUGACUGUGUCUCCUGAAGUGUUUGAGGAAUCGGGUGCUGCCGCAUUCCCCGUGGAUUCUACACUUACCAAUUCAGAGAUCACGUUGUUAUCGCAGUAUGCUGAAAGUCAAGUGGCCAGUGCUCCACAGUUCAUCGUUACUUCGCUCUGGAGCUGGUGCUAUGGCAAUUAUGAUUCGACUCAGUAUUACAACAAGUAUGGUGAGAUGAAAGUUAAGAAACACAACGUUGUUAUGGUGUGUUCAGACAUUCCCACUGAGUAUGUGUUCAAUUACCGUGAAGAAUUGCAACAAAUCGGUCUAUCCAGCAUCUUGGCUUAUGCUUACCAAAGCGCAAACUAUGAAGACGAGCACUACACUGACGUUGUUAAACUACGUCAUCACAGAUACAACUUGGUAGCUGCAGCGUUGACAUUUUGUGGUGCCUCCCAGCUUAUUUUGUUGAUUCUCAUGGUUAUAAUGUACCAGACGAGAGGUAAGGAAAAGGACUUGUCCAAACAUCCGCAGAUCUUGAACCAUUUGGUAGCAUUAACCUCCGUAGCUUCUUGCAUCAGUGUAUGUGUAGGUACCGGGAUCAUAUUCACUAUGUUGAAACAGAUACAAAGCGAAAUAGCAGAAAAUCUAGGUGACUUUGGAGUGACUUUCCAUUUGGGAAAAGCCUGGUUUGCUCUUCUCUGGUUGUGCACAUCCUUCUCUGUCGUGUCUAUGCUCUUGUGGGUAUUGCCUUUAUGGUGUGCCAAUCCCACUGACGACUACGAAGAGGACCUCGAGGUGGAUUUCUUAAAACAGGCGAAAUCUAGACGUAGUUUGUAUGACGGGAAACUCAACUUCAUGGUAAGAAUGGGCUCUAAGAAGUCGAAUAAUCUGGAAGGCCGGGGCUUGAUGAGUGACAACGAAGCAAACGAAAACAAGGUUGAAUCAGCUUUUCCAAACAGGCAUACAGAGGAAGAGUUAAGAAAACUCGGCGAAUCGAUCUCGACGAAUCACCCAGUUCGUAGGACAAAGUCGCGGGUGAAAAGAAAUCAAGAUGAUCAAGAGGUGCCGCAAGAUCAAGCAAAGGACCUUCUCUAUAACGAUGUCAGUAUUCAGCAGUAUUCCAAUUAUCCAACAAAUGAUUUCCUUCAUUAUAGAGAGGAAACAUACGAUGGAUACAAGGAAGGUGAAACAAUCUUGUCCCGAAAAGGAACCUCUCUUUCUAGAAACAAGAUGACAAGAAAGUUGCAGAAUCCAAAAGCACAGCUAAAUGUUAAUGAGAACAGGUUGUCAACGGCAGGUUCUUUCUUGAACGAUGACGAACUUCAGUAUCUUGAUAGCAACAAUUUUAUAGGGAAAUAUUAG